CUCUGCGCGGAUGCGGUGCCUCAGAUUGGGAAGAAUGUCGGGACUCGCUGGAGACAUGGGCCGGUUGUUGGACGGCGAACGAGGUGGAUUUAUUGGGAUUCGUUUUGAGUCUGGGCAGCGGGGGAGAGCAGUCAUGGGUGAGGGAUUGGGGGACCCGGUUCCGCAAGAGAAGAGGAUGAUUGGGGUAGGCGUCGGGUCGUGGUACGCUCGUGCAGACGAGGUACGCGAGGCAUUUGAACGCUCAACUCGCGGGACAUAUGACGUGUAUGCGCUCAAUGACUUUGGGACCCGUCAGCGAUAUGAUACGGGAGAGGUAGUUCCCUAUCCGCCC